CUCUCACCAGAGGGCGCGCUACGCAAGCUUCACUUUCACCUCUGUUAUCGUCUGAUAAAUAGUUCGGCUAACCACAUCAUCUCGCACGGACAAAAUGACGUCUUUGACUCCAACAGAAAGGCACGUUUCUGUUCUUUGUGCAAUGUCAGAUUUUCAUCAUUAUAAUCUCGUUAGUUUUUUUUAAUGUAAAGUCCAUAGUUAUGAAGUGAAAGUGAAAUAAUACAUUUGACAAGACAAAAUAGUUCCAUAGAUAUGAAGGUUGCACUAACGUAAUACAGCGUUUCGAUACCUACCAAUGUGUUUUUAACUCAUAAAUAUAUGGGUUUUUUUAUGAAAAUGAUGCAGAUUUAUUUUAUUUUCAAAGACGCUCUGUUUUACAAAAUUCUUGUAAAUUAGACGAUAACAGAGGUGUUGUGGAGCCCUCUGGUGAGAGAUUGAGUCUGACUGUGUUACUACCCGGAAGUUGUCAUAUUCACACUAAAUGUAAGAAUACAAAGAGAGAUAACUCACGUUUUCGGAAAGGCCUAUACCGAGAUGUGAAAAAUACUUCAACAACUCGAAACGGCUUUGGGACUUGUGGUAACAGUGAUUUAUUAACAUGGAUGAUGAUAUGGAUUUCGAUUCUGCUGCCAAACCAUCAAGGGAUGUAAAACGAGGACGUCGUGCAGGAGUUUCCAAGGCGAUGAACCCUCCUGAUGCCCCUGCCUUUGAGAGCCCAGCAGAUUCUCCACAGCCCUCUCGAUCCCAGCCAGCUAGAGAUCCGGAUGAGGGUGGGCCUCCUCCUAAGCCAAAUAGGGUGUCUGGAUGGGGAGAAGAGAACCCCAGGAAAAGUCGAAAACUUGGAGAAGGAUUUGAUUUUGAUGAUGAACGAUUAAGACCACACUCCCCUGAUAAGGACGAAGAUUCUGAUGCAGACAUCCCAGUGAUCCCUGACCUUGAAGAUCAGCAGGAUGAGGACAUGAAUACCAAAAUAGCCAUAGCACCAAAUGUGGCAGUUAAUCGAGUAGCCACAUACAGAGAACUUGACCAUGACCUUCAGAAGCAGGCAGCCUUCCUUACACUGGACAAUGAGAUCGACCUGAAGUUACUCACCAAAUCCUUGUCAGCUGAUGCAGAUUUGUUUGAGGAGGACCGACCAUGGGACUGGGACCGCUUGUUUACGGAGGUGACAUCAGAACUGUUCACGCAAACUGAACAGACAGAGGAAAAUGAUUUUGGAGAUCAGGUUCUACCAUAGAAGCAGGAGUUUAUGAAGAAUUUACUCUGUAGCAUGUGGUCUCUCACCAACUCGCUUAGAUGUGAACAUAGACAAUGUUGACUUUUAUCAACUGCUUUAAACAGUUUCAUCCGAGCUGUUUCAGAGAACUGUUUCCUAUGAUCAUACUGUAUUUAUUGUUGUUUUCAUUGUACAGAACAUUUCUUGUCCAACACUAUCCGUCCAUAGAAAUAAAUUUUUAAAAACUUUAA